GGGCAUAAUAAAUACUACUGUAAUCAUGUUAAUACAAUUUAUACACUGUUUUUGUUGCUUUUAAAAUGCAAACAUUAUAUUAAUUUUAAUGGAUAUACGUUUUGGUCGAAUAUUGUUCACAUAUAUAUUUUGUUUCAUAUUUUUAUUCAAUAAUUUAUGCGAUAGAGUGCUGACACAAAACAAAUUAGCAAGUUCCAAUAACAAGUUAUCUUCCGAAAGCACUAUAAGCAAAAAACUGUCACCUCAUGGACACUGGCACUACGGCACCAACUGGCCCCACCACGGCUAUAAGAAAUGUGGGGGUCAACAACAGUCCCCCAUUAGACUAAUCUCGUCCGAUGCCACGGGAGAGGAACUGCAUCUAAAUUUCCGCAAUUACCGCAAACCUAUUAAAUUGGCGUACAUCGAGAAUAAUGGACACACAGUACAAAUUGGUUUUAGCGAUAAAUUUAUAAUAACUGUUUACGGGUCGGCAUCUAAUUUCAAGCCCUAUAUAUUCAAACAAUUGCAUUUCCAUUGGGGCAGUUAUAAUGGUGUCGGUUCUGAACACACAAUCGAUGGUUAUAGGGGUCCAUUGGAAAUUCAUCUAGUUCAUUACAAUAGAAAGUAUUCCAGUUUUGACGAGGCGGCUGAUAAAACAGAUGGACUUAUGGUUUUGGGUGCGCUCUAUAAAAUCUCUUCGCGAAACAAUCGGUUUAUGUCGACAGUCAUGUCAUUAGUGAGAAGUGUUCCCAAAUAUAAAGACAAAGCACUUAUAUUGCAAUCAUUUACGCUGAGGUCACUGUUGCCCUCCCGGUUAAAGCCAUUCUUUGUCUACGACGGGUCACUGACCACUCCUCCCUGUUAUGAAAGUGUCCACUGGUAUCGUAUGAAAUCAUCUUUUCAUUUGUCGCAAUAUAUUAUACGCAAUAAUGAAAACAAUUAUUUUAGGCUCGUAUUCAAGAAUACAGUGAACAUUGGCAACGCACAGGAAAAGCAAUUCCGUAAGUGUCGGUCGGGAGAUAACAACCGCAAGACGGGUCUCAAGAAAACCAUUUCAAACAACUUCAGACCCCUUCAGGCUACUAAUGAAAGACAAAUCACUAUCUCGGCCUAAUAUUAUGAUAAAUGCAAUCAAUGGUUAAGAACUAAACACUAUUUUACAAAAGUAUAAAGGGAAUGUUCGGUAAAAACGUAUAAAAAAUCAAAAUCAUAUCAAAUAAAUAUAAAUUAUAUACAAA